CACUUCCUUGAGAGAAUAAAAUUCCAGUGCACUACAGCUUGCUGUGUGAGCUGCUGGAUAACAGCAAUGGCCCAGCCAGUGUGGCAUGUUUGCGGCCACUAAAGGAAGGCUUUCUGGGCUAUUGAAAGUGGCUAUUGAAUUGGAUCAACCCUUUUGACUUGAAAUAUCCCAUAAAACACUUAGACAACCACAGCUUAUUUUCCAUUCCAUAAAAUACUGUUCCUGACUAGUAUUCCUGCCCUUAUACAGAAAUGGAGGAUCAACAGAACAAGCUGGAUUUUUUCCACAAGCUGGGCUAUGACAAAGACCAAGUGUACAAAGUGCUGGAGAAGCUGGGUCAAGAGGCUUCAGAGAACAAUUUGUUACAAGAAUUGAUUCAGAUGGGGAACAGGCCUCAGGAGGAUGAGAACGGGACACAGCGAUUUCAUCCUAACCCUGUUGGCCAUGGAUCUGGUCACACCUUGACAGUUUCCCAACCACCUUCUGAAGAAGGCAACGACCCCUCUAGUAACCUCAGACCUAUUGUGAUUGAUGGCAGCAAUGUUGCAAUGAGCCAUGGAAAUAAGGAACUGUUUUCAUGCUUGGGAAUUCAGCUGGUGGUAGACUGGUUCAAACACAGAGGUCACCAAUACAUCAAAGUCUUUGUUCCAUCUUGGAGGAAGGAACCAAGUCGAUUUGAUACUCCCAUUACAGAUCAGCAGAUCCUUGAAAAACUUGCAAAAGAAACAGUUCUGGUGUACACACCAUCCCGCAAAAUGAAAGGCAAAAGGAUGGUGUGCUAUGAUGAUCGCUACAUAGUUAAACUGGCCUAUGAGCUAGAUGGGAUCAUUGUCUCCAAUGACAACUUUCGGGAUCUGCAGAAUGAAAAUCCCGAGUGGAAAUGGUUCAUUGAACAGCGAUUACUGAUGUAUUCCUUUGUCAAUGACAAAUUUAUGCCUCCUGAUGAUCCCUUAGGUCGACAUGGACCAUCUCUUGUCAACUUUCUCAGAAAAAAACCACAUUUCCCUGAGCCAAAAUGGCAGCUCUGCCCUUAUGAUAAAAAAUGCACAUAUGGCAUCAAGUGCAAAUUUUCCCACCCAGAACGACUGAAUUGGGACCACACUUCUGUAGCUGAUGAGCUCCGAGCGAAGACAAAGAUGAACGCACCCAUUCAGAGGACAGAAGAUGAGCUGGGAAGGCCAUACUCCAUAAAGAACAGGGGUGGGAAUACAUCACAUUUAAGUGGUCCUAAAGUUGGUGACACAGUUGGCAACAGAAGCACAUCAGGAUCCAGCUUGACAAUACCUCAUGCUCGCUCUUCGCAAUGGGAAGGAGAAGAUGUCAGGGCUUCAGCAAAUGAGUGGUUAAACAGACAUCAAGACAAGUGGCAGCCUGGAUCAACCACUUUACAACAAAGUCGAGCAAGACAGGCAGAGGCUAUCUCAAAACAACUCACUGCAUUAUCUCUCAGUGAAAGGACUCAUUCUGGAAAUAUUCUUACAGGACCAGGAAAAUACAAAGAUCCUGUGAGUGGUCAACACUGGGACUGUUAUCUUACAUCCAGCCAGAGUCCACCUCUGCUUCAUCGCAACCUAUGUUGGGACUGCCCAUGUUUACAUUUAUGUAACUUCCAAGGAUGUUGCAGGAUGCAACCACCUGCUGUACAGACCUCACAAAUACCUUCCAAUUCCAUAAGGCAAGGCUUGAAGACCCAAAUUAAAAGACCACAUGGCCCCCCAGUUUCUUCAGAUGAGCUGUUUUCAUACUGCAAGCGUGAAGAUGUGCAAUAUCCUGAAAGCCUGCAGGUCAAGGCUUACAAUCAGUUACAGCUGUUGGAUUCCAGCUCAUGUGGAACAGUGGAGCACUAUGCUAGUCCUUCUGAGAAUGAGCCCCAACAGGUUUUAGCUCUAAAUCCUCUUUCUGGGGAACAAGUGAAUGUUCCACAAACUCUGUGCUUCGGUUUUCCAUACAAUGGGCUGCACCAAGCUGCAUCCUUCUUCUCUGCCACCACCAGUGAUACAGAUACCAGGAACCUAAUGCCUUUGGUUCCAAAACAUAGGCACCUGCAGAGCAGUACCUCCAGUAGAAAGCUACUGUAAAGAGACAGGUUUUGUCAUAUCUCACUCUAAGACUUCAACAACUAUCCAGUUGUAUGUUUAAUUGAGAUCUUGGAGAAUUUUUUUUUAGACUAUAACUCCCAUAAUCCCAGCUCUCAGCCAGCCAAAUGCCAUCAAUUUUCAAAAAUCUCCCAAACCUUCCUUUCUCUCUGCCCAGUCACCAAUCCUCCCUUCUUCUCUUCCAUCUCUGGAAACAUUUUUUCAAUCUAUCAAGACUAUCCUUUCGAUCCCUCUUGCAUGUCCAUUUCCCUUACAAAGCCAUUCUUAACCCACUCAGCUUCAUACAUUAUGACAUGAGACCACAAGUUAACAUCUCUGCCACAAAUCACCUUGCUGCUCCUUUAGCUCACCCUGAACCCUUAUUUCAGGCUUUGUGUCUGUGUUUUGAUUUUUGUCGGUCACUUCUGUUUAACUAGGCCAUACUGAUGUUAAUAUGAGUACAGUACAGUAAAAGUAAGAAAGUCAAAACAAUAUUUCUGCACACUUUCAUAUUUAGGAAUGCAAACUAUCCAUUCACACUUGGUGUUCCCCCAACAGUGAACUUGUACAACCGGGGAUGUGAGAGCCUGCAUAGAGUUGCAAAAGCAAUGUCUGAGGUAUGAAGCACUUUUUACCUUUGACUGGUGCACUAGUUCUGGCAUUUCCUGGGUAGUAAUGAUCUUUCCUUGAUAAUAAGCAGGUUAGAUCUCUCUCUCUCUCUCUCUCUCUCUCUCUCUCUCUCUCUCUCUCACACACACACACACACACAGGGUCCAGAGUGGUUGGACUUGUUGAAUGGUCCCUUUCCAGCAUUGCUGGAAAAAUCUUUGCUGGUUCCCAGAUUGUUUCCAGGCAUGAUUCAAAGUGCUGAAUGAAUGUGUGUGUGUAUACAUAAGUGCACAUGCAUGCACAGACACACUUCUUUUCCUUAAUAUCCUGGAAUGAUAAGGUUAUUAUCCUAUAAAACUAAAAUGAGGGACUUUUCUAAGGUGGUAUCUUAAGUAUGCACUCCUUAAAUACCUGAAGGGAUGUCACAGAGAAGACAGUGCAAGUUUAUUCCUUGCUGCCCCAGAUGAGGUUGUGGGGUUUCCCUUUUUAGAUUUCUUUAAAAAUGCUGGACAUCUACCUGCUGGAAAUGCUCUUGCUGGAUAUCCUGCAUUGAGCAGGGAAUUGGAUGAGAUAGUCUAUGAGACCUAUUCAAACUCUAUGAUUCUCCCCACAUAUCCAGCUGGUGUCUUGCCCUUUCCACUUUUAGGCACCAGAUGCAAUCCUCCUUGCAUUCCUAAGCUUUCCUCUCAGAAAUCAUAGAAUCCUAGAGUUGGUUGGGCUAUUGCACAGAAUUGUUUUAUUUUUACCUGCUGCCUCUUUUGCUGUUGUUUGUCUGUUUAUGCACUUUGUUUAUUGUUUAAAAUUUUGUUUUGUACAUUAUUCUUGCAUGGUUUUCACAACUGACCUGUAAACUACUCUGAGGAUCAAUUUAUAGAUGGGAGAAAAUAUUUUAAAUAAAAUUUAAUAA